AGUAGACAAUGUUGGUUCAGUCUACAAAAUUCCAAGUCAACUUUAGUUUACUGAUAGAAACGACAAAUAAACAUUAUCUUAAUAAAUAGAAAAAUAUAUGUUAAUAUAAUCCUGGUACGUGAACUGGAAAGAAGCGGAUUAUGGGGCAAAGCUUGUCGGAACCGGUGACCACCAAGGAUACGGCACGUUCCAUGAAUGCCUCGUUCCUCGUGGGUAGUAGUUGCAUGCAGGGCUGGCGCGUCGAAAUGGAGGAUUCACACACUCAUAUUCUAUCGCUGCCCGAUGAUCAUGGCACCGCCUUCUUUGGGGUCUAUGAUGGACACGGUGGUGCAGCGGUGGCAAAGUUUGCUGGCAAGCACUUGCACAAGUUCAUCACAAAGCGGCCCGAAUACUUUUGUGGUAGCGUGGAGCUGGCCUUGAAACGGGCCUUUCUCGACUUCGAUAGUGAGAUGGAGCACAACGGCACCUGGAGCGAAAAGAUGGCCGGCUCCACGGCCAUUGUGGUCCUGAUCAAGGAGCAGCAACUCUUUUCCGCCAAUGCGGGAGACUCUCGAGCCAUUGCCUGCAUUGGGGGCAUAGUACGAGCCCUCUCCUUUGACCACAAGCCCAGCAAUGAGUCUGAAGUGCGGCGUAUUAUUGCCGCUGGCGGUUAUGUGGAGCACAAUCGCGUCAAUGGCAAUCUGGCGCUGUCACGUGCCCUGGGCGAUUUCAUGUAUAAACGCAACCAGAAUAAGAAGCCGGAGGAGCAAAUUGUUACCGCCGAUCCGGAUGUUCAGGUGUGUGACAUUACUGAGAAUUGGGAGUUUGUGCUGCUGGCCUGCGAUGGCAUCUGGGAUGUGAUGAGCAGCAACCAGGUGAUGGAGUUUGUGCGCGAACGCAUCGCAGCCGGGAUACAGCCGGAUCUGAUCUGUGAGCAUCUGAUGACCUACUGCUUGGCGCCCGAUGCCUACAACUAUGGUCUUGGCGGCGACAAUAUGACCGUCAUACUCGUCUGCCUGCUGCACAAUAAACCCUACGAGGACCUCAUCGUACGCUGUGGCGGCUCUAAGAGAUCAUCCCUUGAAUCCGGUGUGGGCGAUGUUGUUGGCCCAAAUCUUAAGUAUCAACUGUCGAAAAGCGCGUCCAGCUGCCGCAAAAUGGAGAACGCCUGAAGGCCGAAACUGGUAUUCCUUGUAUUCGUUUCGAAUUUAUUUUUCCAUUUAUCUUUUGGCUUAAUUUUGUAAAAAAAUGCAAUAAAAUAAAAUUACCUGCAUAUACUCACAUAGAAAAAA